UUUUCCCAAAGACGUUGAAGGCAGCAUGACGUCAUAUCACGUCGACGCACAUGUGAGAGCAGUGUGGUGCAGUGAUGGCUGCCGACAGGCUACAGUUUCAUGAAAUGGGACUAGACGACCGCCUGGUAAAGGCGGUUGCAGAUCUGGGUUGGUCUCAGCCCACCCUGAUCCAGGAGAAGGCCAUUCCUCUGGCUCUGGAGGGGAAGGACCUUCUGGCUCGAGCACGGACCGGCUCUGGAAAGACUGCGUCGUACGCCAUACCCGUCAUACAGCGCAUCCUGGCCUCCAAACAGAGUGUUCGUGAGCAGGACGUGAGAGCUCUCAUCCUGGUACCAACCAAAGAGCUGGGUCAGCAGGUCCAGGCCAUGAUACGGCAGUUAACGGCGUACUGUUCUAGAGAUGUACGAGUGGCCGACAUCUCUGGCAAGGCCGACGUGUCGACGCAGAGGCCCAUUUUAAUGGAGAAGCCGGAUGUGGUGGUGGGGACGCCGUCCCGUGUUCUAGCCCACCUCAAAGCACAGAACCUGCUCCUGCACUCUUCCCUGGAGAUGCUGGUUGUGGACGAGGCCGACUUGGUCUUCUCCUUUGGCUUCGAGUCCGAUCUGAAGAACUUGUUGUGCCAUUUGCCAAAGAUCUAUCAGUCGUUCCUCAUGUCGGCUACCUUCAACGAGGACGUCCAGGCCCUAAAAGAGCUGCUGCUGCACAACCCGGUGAGCCUGAAGCUUCAGGGCUCUCAGCUCCCAGACAGCAGCCAGCUGCAGCAGUACACCAUCAAAUGUGAGGAGGAGGACAAGUUCCUGCUCAUCUACACGCUGCUGAAGCUGCAGCUGGUCCAGGGGAAGACGCUGCUCUUCGUGGGAGCGGUAGACCGCAGCUACAGACUCAAACUGUUCCUGGAACAGUUCGGCAUCCCCGCCUGCGUCCUCAACUCCGAGCUGCCCGUCCAGUCCAGGUGCCACAUCAUCAGCCAGUUCAACCAGGGGUUUUAUGACAUCAUCAUCGCCACCGAUGAGCAGAGUUUGGCUGAACCUGCUGCGUCCUCUUCAGGGAAAGGAAAGAAGAAAAAGGGCCCAGAGAAAGGAGCCAAGACUACAGAUAAGGAGUAUGGAGUCUCCAGAGGCGUGGACUUCCAAAACGUGGCCAACGUCAUUAACUUUGAUUUCCCGACGUCGGUGGACUCCUACAUCCAUCGAGUUGGAAGAACGGCGAGAGCCGACAACCCAGGCACCGCCCUGUCUUUCAUCUCUCACACAGAAGUCGGCGCGCUGGAAGAGGUGGAGGAGGCCCUCGGUGGAGAUAACGCCGAGACCGCGCUCAAACCGUACGAGUUUAGGAUGGAGGAGAUCGAAGGCUUCAGGUACAGAUGCAGGGAUGCGAUGCGCGCAGUGACAAAGCAGGCUGUGAGGGAGGCCAGACUGAAGGAGAUCAAGCAAGAGCUGCUCAACUCAGAAAAACUCAAGACCUAUUUUGAAGACAACCCCAGAGAUCUGCAGCUGCUCAGACACGACAAAGACCUUCAUCCCGCUGUCAUCAAGCCUCACAUGAAAAACAUCCCCGACUACCUGAUUCCUGAGACUCUGAGGGGCGUAGUAAAUCCACUGUCGAGCAGGAGAAGAAAGAGGAAGAUAAAGCCUGCAGCAGAGGGAGUCAUGAAAAGCAGCUUCAAGAAGAACGUCCCAGGCAGGAAUCCGCUGAAGAGUUUCCGGUACACAGGAUCAAGGAGCAAAAAGGCCAAAGGUGCCAAAUCCUAGCUGAGGGCGGAUAAGUUCUGCUUACAUCUGCUCAGAGACUGUCAUCAGGAGGAUGGUCUGGGCUCCACUGCUGACCCAUGUUAACGAUCGGAAACAAACUGAGGACAGGAUGGACUCUGGAUAUUGAUUAAUGUGAUCCAAAGAGAGUGUUGACUUCUUUGGAUGAACCUGGAUUCUGACAAACCCAUCAGUAUGCCGGUUCUGCCUUUUUUUUUUUUCUUUUUUU